UUUUUCUUACUUUGUUUUGUACAGGUGUGCUGUCUCCAUGAUGGCACGGAGGGAGCAGUCUCAAUUUGAUGAUGCUAUGGAGGAUGCAGAGAGUGACAUGCUGAACCCAAAGAGCCUUUCCUCAUCAGAUCCCCUGGAUCCAACUCCAUACAUCCAUCGCAACGGCCACCUGUCAUCCGGGAGAGAGAUGGAAGAGCAGCAUGACGGCACCAACGGAGAGCUUCCAGAGUCGGAUACAGCCGAAGAGGAGGUCCAGGAGGAGAGGACAGAGGAUGAAUGGAACGGCCACCAUGAGAAUGCGGAUGAUGCAAGGAUGGAGCCGAAGCAACCGCUGUCACCUGAGGAGGAUGGGCAGGAUGAGUAUGGGGAUACCUUCUUUAUCGAUCAAGAUGAAACCGGUAUGCAGGGGAUUGGGUUCGGGUCAACAUAUCAGUACUCUGAAGGAGACGAUGGCACAAGGGAAGGAACCGAGGACAGCGGACAGGGACAGAUCAGGGAUGACCUGACUGAAAGUGAUAAGGACAAAGAUUACCUUGAUGAUGUGACCCAGGAGAACAGGGGUGUGGUGUAUGACCGCGAUGACCAGUACGAAGACAGCGGUGUGGUGGACGAUAAUGGCAUGAUGGACGGUGAAGGGGGCAUGCAGGGGUACGAAGCGGAAGAAGAUCACGCAGAAGGUGAAGAUAGGUUUGAGGAGGUGGACAUCAGGUAUGGUUAUAUGGACGGGGGCUACAUGGAAAGACAGUCCUAUUCGGAAAAACGCCAAUAUGUGGAAGAUAAUCCUGCUUACAAUGGGAGUGAACAGGACUAUGAAGCGGAUCAAGAAUUUAGGGAAAAGGGUGCAGCUUUUCAAGAGUACACCGAGUCCGACUUGCCAGAUCAUAUUCCUGCUUCAGGUAAUAAGUCCAAUGAAGAAUCAAAAGAAGAUGGGAAGUUUGAAGACGAGGAAGAAAAUAAGGAACAUGUUGAUCAGUACAGUGAUUCUGAAAAUUUGAGAAUCGGUGAACAUUCCCCAAUGACGGGUGAUUAUGUGAUUGUUGACAGGGAUACUCUUGCUCCUGAAGAGAACUCAAGAUAUGCAGCCAGUGAUUCUGCAGAGGCCGAUCAAGAAGACCAACUGCUUGUCCAGCAGGAAGACUUUGAAUAUAGGAACACAAGUUCAGGUGAUAAGAAAUCUGAGAUUUUGUCACUGGAUAUUUUACAGGACAGAUUGAGGAACCAAAGGGACGAGGCAAAACCUCAUCCAUUUAGGUUAGAUGAUCUAGGGGAGUCUAGGGAUGCUUUGAGGGCAGAACCAGGUAGUCAGGAAAGGAUGGAAACUGGUCUUGAGAAAAUGAUACAGGGACAGGUACAGCCUAGAAGAAGUCCACAGCCACCUAGUAGUCCUGUCAGAGACACCAAGGAAUCUCGCAAUAAAGUCCCACGUAGACCUGCUCCAGGUGCCGCACAAAGCGUUCAGAGGAACCCUGCAGUAAUGUCUAGCAGUAAGGUUAUCCAUCAACAAAGUCCAAGGGACAUUGCUCCAGUGCCUCAUCAUAAGACCCCAUCACCGGGCAGGCAAGAAAUUGAAAAUGAAAGAGAUAAUACAGGCAAAGGUGAAUUCACAUCUCAGAGAAGCUCUAGACCAAUGGCAAAAGCACCCAGGGAAGGAGGAGGCAUGCAGGAGAGCAGAAUAAAGACAGAGGGUUCCAGAAGGUUGGCUGGUGGUGAGAGGCAGAGGACUAUGCCUCUCCCAGGAGGAGCCCAACCAGUAUCAGUACUUAAAACACGACUAAGGGAAGAAUUAAGAGAAAUGUAUGAAAUUGAAAAGAAUCUAGCUUCCACUUCGAUACAGCCAGAAAUGAACAGAACUCAUAAUAGUAAUCCAAAGAGAUUGGGCGGAGGAGUGGAGAGUCCGAGAGAUGGCUCGUUGUCCAACAGACAUAAUGCAGAAUAUGCCUCUGUCUCAUCAUUAAGCUCAGCUGGACCUCCAAAUCAGACCAGCCCAACGCACAGAAUGAAGUACAGUCAAGAAUCUCUUCCAAGCAGGGAAAUGUCCAGAAGUCCCAGUUCUUCUCCUGAAAAGAUGAGAUCUGCUAGACCUGGCCAAAGAGAACAACCCAGGAAUAACUCAAACGCUAACCAUCUCGACCUUGAUGCAGUGGUGAGGAGGUCUCGACCAAACUCCAGACAACAUGACCCUAGUAAGAGGUACUCCUAUGAAAUUGAAGAGAAAUCAGAUACUACAUCGGGAGAAGUUGUGUUUGACGAUAUCGCAGAGUGUGGAGCCUACCUAGAGGAGAAAGAUGCUAAACCAAGUCCAAUCAAGAUUAAGAACAGGCAAGGAAAGAGCCCCUCGGGUGAUGUAGAUGAAUUUAGUAGUAGUAGCAGAGGAAGAAGGAGCAGCUAUGAACUUGCAAAUCGUAGCUCCAGUGAAGAUGAGGAGAAUGAAGCAGAAGUGAAUCAGAAGACCGAUAACAAAGAAGAGCUAGGGACCCAAGGAGGAAACCUCCUGGGUGGGAUUGGACCAAGAGGACCAGGCAUGAAUAGCAGUCUCCUCUCCCAGCUUGCUGAGAGGGAGCUGGCAAACCUGAGGAACUCCUACAAGAAACCUCAGGAAGAGCCACAAGAGCUGCCUCAGGAAUCCCAGUCUGUAACAUCAGACACCUCUAGUACGACAUCUUCCACUCCUCACGAAGGCCAACCACCCCUUCCAAAACUCAGCCCCUUGGAAUACGAUGCCGUAGGUUUCCGUUUGGCGGGGCAUGCUGGUAUUGGUGAGAGUACCCUCAACUUGAGUGCUGCCCAACCCCAACAGUUACAUCCAGAGGCAGACCAGUUCUCAGAUGCAGAAGAAGAUGGAAGCGAGCCUGUGUACCAACAAAGACCCAACACUACCAUCACACCCAGUCAUUCCUUCGAGCAAGAUUACUCCUCACCAAUGUACAGGAAGAGACCUCUUGAGGACUACUACCAGAAUACUUCUCCUGUGUCACCUCAGCAGUAUAGCCAGCAGCCUGAUGCCACUCCCACGGAACAAGUAGACGUUGAUGCUGCCAUGAAAGAGCUGCAUAGCGCCCUCAACAGCAGCAAAUCAAAGCUGAUGAAGACGCCAUCAUUCUACACUCCUGAGGAGAUACCGGUGUGGAUUAGGCAACCGGAUGCUGCUAGGAGACAUGAAGAAGAUCAGAAGAAAUCAAGAGUCCUCGAAGACAGGAGAAGACGGAAUGAGGAGAUGCGUCGCAGCCAUGUCCAGCAGCGCCAGGAGUACAUGAAGCGACGAGACCCACAGUGCUACGUAAGGAACGAGGACGAUGAGGAAGGAGAAGACGAAGACAAAGGACUCAUGUCGGAGCCGGAGCAGAAAAUGGGGGCGCCAGACUUCACAAACAGGCCGCAGCCCAAGGAGCCAGAGACCAUGCGGGCUCCUGAUUUGCCUCCCACGACGGGAAAAAUAAGAGAAGGUAAGAGACGGAUUCUUAAUAAUUCCAAUAUUACUCCCACGAUGCUUCUAUUAUCAACAUGAAAAAUAUGAACUUUACUGUUUAUUGUGUCUGAAAAGCACCCUAUUUGAGCAUUCAAUAAUUCAUUUUGUAAUUCAGUUUGCUUUGAUAAUCCUCUGAAUUUUCUAAUUGACAUGCAUGUAUUUGUGCGCUCUAUUUUAGUUCCGCUGACUUUUAAUAUCUUUCUCCAAGAAAAUGAUAUAGAUUGAAUAUUAUUUCAUUAUUGCUGUGUAGCAUUUUCAUCAACAAAAGAAACAAAAGAUUCAAUGUUUGUUUGUAUUCACAUUUGACAUGAACAGACAGAAUAAUGUCAAUUUUACAUGCUAUUUCCUUGUCGAUUCGAAUUUGUGAACAUUGUCCAAGAUAUAUUAGUUACAUGUAAAGCCUGUAUAGUGUCUUUCAAUAGGUCUGUACUAGAUAUGUUCCUGAAAAAUGUUAAAAAUUUGAAGAAGGAAAUAAUUUGCAUUAAUUUUGUUUACAUGUGUGAGAGAAAUUAUUUUUGUUUUGGUCAGAUUUUGGUCACUUAAAUCAUGUCAUUAGUGGCAAUUCCUGAACUUUAAACCUACUUUACAGUUUGCAUCACCUAUUUAUACAUUUUAGGGAUUUGAACCCAAAAAAGAAUUUU